AAUGCACCUAUAAAGACCAAUAAGCAGUAGUAAACUGCCAUAGAAAGGAAAAACUUGGUCAAGAUGGUGUCGAAAUUUCGUCCAUUGCCCGCACUGUUGAAACUGAACACAAGACGCGUGAGUUCCAAAGAGGUCUUCGAGAAGGAGUCCAAAUACGCUGCGCACAACUAUAAACCGCUUCCGGUGGCUCUCUGCAAAGGAAAAGGAAUUUACGUGUGGGAUGUGGAAGGAAAGAAGUACAUGGAUUUCUUGAGCGGCUGCUCGGCAAACAAUUACGGCCACUGCCAUCCGAAGAUCGUGUCCACCAUCCAGAGGCAAGUCGGUAUCUUGCACCACACUUCCAGAGCGUUCUACAACGACGUCCUGGGGGAGUACUGCGAGAAGAUCACAAAGCUCUUCGGCUACGACAAGGUGCUGCCCAUGAACACCGGCGUCGAGGCGAACGACACCGCAUGCAAAUUGGCGAGGAAAUGGGGCUACACGAAAAAGCGCAUCCCCGUGAACCAGGCGAAGAUCAUCUUCUGCAAGGAAAACUUCUUCGGUCGCUCUCUGGCCGCCAUCUCCGCGUCCACUGAUCCGCUCAGCUUCGAGGGAUUCGGACCGUACAUGCCGGGAUUUCACUUCGUCCCGUACAACGACCUACCGGAACUCGAAAAAGCGUUUAAAGAUCCGACGGUGUGCGCUUUCAUGAUGGAACCGAUCCAAGGGGACGCCGGCGUCAUCGUGCCGCAGGACGGCUACCUGCAGGGCGUUCGCAAAUUGUGCGACAAGUACAACGUCCUGUGGAUCGCCGACGAAAUCCAAACGGGGCUAGGAAGGACGGGCAAGAGAGUCGCCGUGGAUUACGAAGAAGUUAAACCCGAUAUUCUGGUGCUGGGCAAAGCGUUAGGCGGAGGCGUUUAUCCGGUUUCCGCUUGCUUGGCCAACGACGACGUUAUGCUGGUCAUAGAACCGGACACCCACGGCUCAACCUUCGGUGGAAACCCGUUGGGAUCUAAGGUGGCCAUCACUUCGUUGCAAGUCUUGGAGGAAGAGAGACUCGCCUACAAUGCUACAAUAAUGGGCGCAAUGUUUAGGGAGGCUCUGCGAAACAGUUGCGAUCAAAAGAUUCUACACGUCGUUCGAGGAAAAGGCCUACUGAACGCGACAGUCAUCAACAAAAAUUACGGGAACGCCUGGGACGCCUGCUUGAAGCUGAAGGCGAACGGUGUUAUCGCCAAGCAAACGCGCGAACAGACCAUCAGAUUUUCACCACCGCUCGUCAUCACCAAGAUCCAGAUGAGCGAAGCCAUCGACAUCAUCUGCAAAACCAUCAACGGUCUCCGCAGACAAUAA